UGUCCGGGACGCCGUUUACGACAGUUUUGCGGCUUCGCUGUACGGCGGGGUUGCUGCACGACGGUUGGCUUCCGGUGUGGGGCAGCGAUGGCGUCCGGGUGUGAGAGCGAGCAGAGCCCGGCGGCGCACAGGGAGCAGCGGGCAAAGGAACAUUCUGUGCAGAAAAAGAAGAAAAAGGAUAAGCAUUCAAAAAAAACUAAGAAAGAAAAGAAAAAAAAUAAGAAACAAAAAUCUGAAAAGAAGGAUGACGUACUCGAUAGUUCUUCGGAUUCUUCAGUUGAAUGGGUUGAGUCAAAUGUGUCACAGUCAUGCAACACAGAAAAGGCUUGGAAGGUCAACAAACAAUCAGAUGUUGUGAAUGAGCCCUCCCUGCAGAGAGAAGAAUGGAUGAAUUUAGACUUCAUGUUGUUGAAAACCACUUCAUCAGCAGCUGUCAGAGGGGAACGGCACAAAGAAAAGAUCUUAGAACGGCAGAAAACUCAAGAGCUUGAGCAGGCCAUGCUGUCUGAGAGAGAACUCAAUCCCUAUUGGAAAGAUGGUGGUACAGGUUUGCCACCAGUGAAAGAUGAGGCAACUUCAGUUAAGAAAGUUACUGUGGUAGAAGACGCUGGAUUAAGCUGGUUACGAAAAUCAUACCAAAGGAUGAAGGAGCAGGCUGAGAGAGAGAAACGAAAUGUUGAGGAAAUUGUAGCAGAGAGAUACGGGUCAAUGGAGAUAUUUCAGUCACGAUUAGAUGAAGCUGAAAAAAUUGCAUCAAGAAAGGAAAAUUACUAUGGAAGCGGAAGAUGGAAGAAACCUUACUAUUCAGAAAGUGAGAAAGAGAAGAAAGAACAGUAUAUGAAAAAGGAGACACGAGAUGAAGAUGGUAGGAACAGGAGCACUUUUGGCAGCUAUACUAGGGAGAAGUAUGGCAAGGGAUUGGCGCAAGAAGACAAAGAUCACAAAAGAGACACACCAAGAGAAGACCAAAAACAUGGACACAGUAGCACAGAUUCAGUAUUGAGAGGCUCCAAAGCAGAACAAUAUUCCCAUGAAAGACGAAGUCAAGGAAAGAGUUCAUCUCUAAGCAGCAUGAAACACAGAUUUCUGAAACCCUCUGAAGAUGAUUUAUCAUCUUCACCUAGAGUCCACGAUUCACAGCAGUCCUCUUCCAAACUGACAGUUCAUAGCUCUUUGAGUAGCCGUUUCCAAAAACCUAGUGAGGAUACUGCACUGUGGAAUAAAACACACAGAGAAGAUAACAAUGAGAAAUUAAUGUCUGAUCAAAAAUCAUCAGGUACUAAGGAACAAGUUCAUGACAAUAACAGGGAAAGAACUCCAAGUAACGUAAAAGAGAAGUUGCAUCAGGAGUACCCAAGCGAUAUCUCCGGGAAGAAACAAACAUUAUCUGACAGUAAAGCAUCGGGUUCUAGAAACACGUCAAAUGAUGAGCCACCUCGGAUCCUUACUGAAGAGGAGAUGAACAAACUGGGAGCAAGGAUUGUGAAAGCAGAACUCAUGGGAGACAUGGAGUUAGCUUCAGAACUUCAAGAAGAGCUUCAGAACGCUCGCAAAUUGAGACAAACUCAAGGGCAGAUUCCAGCAAAUUCUGGCAGAGAGCCUUCAAGACAUCAAGAAACAGAACAAGUGGUCCUUGUCAGAACGGAUCAAAGUGGAAGGGCAUGGCCUGUGACCGCACCAGCUGAACCACAGGAGUCCAAAGGAGGAAGGAGAAAGAGACAGAUGAUCCCUACUCAUGUAGAUAAAGAGAGAGUAAGGUAUUUUCAGGAUGAUGAUAGUAUGAACCUGAAGGAUUUGGUCAAAAAAGAGAAGAUGAGGACAGCAGAGGAUCAAAACUCACUGUUCAUGCGUAUGGCAUCAAAGCUCAUGGAUAAAACUGACAGGGAGUACUACACUCUGGAUGACAUGUUUGUUUCCAAAGCAGCCAAAAGAGUGCGCAGUGGGGAAGAGGAAGAAAUACAACGAAGAAAAGCAAUACGUGAGCACCAGCAGCUUGCUGCACGCAUGGAAAAAUGCCCAUACUGCUACGAUAGUAGUGAACUUUCUAAACAUCUUAUUGUUGCAAUUGGCACAAAGGUAUACUUGUCUCUACCAAGCAACCAGUCCCUUACUGAAGGUCACUGCCUGAUAGCCCCUCUACAGCACCAUACUGCAGCCACUCUUUUGGAUGAAGACAUCUGGGAAGAAAUCCAGAUGUUCCGAAAUGCAUUGGUGAAGAUGUUUGAAGCUAAAGACUUGGACUGUGUCUUCCUAGAAACAAACCUGAGUCUGAAGAAACGGUAUCACAUGGUAUAUGAAUGCAUUCCUCUUCCAAAAGAAGUUGGAGAUAUGGCUCCAAUCUACUUCAAGAAAGCUAUAAUGGAAUCUGAUGAAGAGUGGUCCAUGAACAAGAAGUUAAUUGAUCUUUCUUCAAAAGACAUUCGGAAAUCUGUUCCUAAAGGCUUACCAUACUUCUCUGUGGACUUUGGUCUUCAAGGAGGAUUUGCUCAUGUCAUUGAAGAUCAACAUAGUUUCCCUCAUUACUUUGGAAAGGAAAUUAUUGGCGGCAUGUUGGACUUGGAGCCACGGCUCUGGAGAAAAGGAGUCAGACAGAACUUUGAGGAUCAGAGCAAGAAGGUGUUGCAGUUUGCACAGUGGUGGAAACCAUAUGACUUUACCAAGAAGAAAGAAUGAAUGCAUCCCUGCAGUCAAGGACCGUAUAUAAGCCAUAAAUGUUACGAAUUAUAUGUUAAGAAUAACAUAUGUUAACAUAUGUUAAGAAUAACACCAGUGUGUUAUGUAUUGCUAAUAUAUUUUAAAACUCAGGAUAUUUAACUGCUGAUUACCUGUUCCUGGUUUGGACACUGGACACUGUGGGUCUCAUGAACCUGCAAGCCUGACAAACCACAAGUGUACAGUGUUUUUUAGUUUUUCAUUUUGAAACCAAAAGAAUAAAAUCCAUGUGGCCAGAAGGAAGAUUCUGGUUUUGGAGUUUUACAAUCUUUGAGGCAACUGAUUUUUUUUCUAUAUUGUAUUCAGCAUAGAGCCAGUGCUCAAUUAUAGGUGUCCUUUUGUAGAAAAUGGUGUAUAUUUUACAAAUAUUUUGAUGCAUACAAAUACAUUGUUGCAGAAUGAAGCUGAACAGAAACACAUUUUU